AUGGGUGGAAUGCCAACAGAAAAUACUUCGUCUGCCUUGGCUUUCCCAGGGUCGGAGCCAAAUCAAGGAUCAGGGGUCACUGCUGCACCUAGCCUGGAUACAAAGCCGAAGAAGAAGAUCUGCUGUGCUUGCCCGGAUACUAAGAAGCUGCGCGAUGAAUGCAUUGUGGAGCAUGGUCAAGAGGCUUGCACAAAAUGGAUCGAUGCUCAUCUCAGGUGCCUUCGUGCAGAGGGCUUCAAUGUUUGA